AUGGCUAAUAGAUCGGUCGGGUUAGCUGAUAGGUCCGGUGGAGGACAAGGAGCAUUGGCAAACGGGGUGCGUGCCACUUCCGCUUUCACGCCCAUCAUGCCGCUUGACAGGCCUGGACAAUGGAAUUAUGUGAACCCGGACCGGAAGUUUCACGAAGUAUGUGGCGACAACAUUUGCCCGUCUCAAGUGCGAGGCAUGGACUUUUUGCGGGAUCCACGCCUCAACAAACGCGGAAUUGAAUGCGAUUUGGAUGGUGCCGGUUUAUAG